CUGAGAUCCGGUAAUUGAGAGAGGGCCAUUUGCUGCAUUUCAAUUCACAAUGGGUCCUCAGUUCAAGAUGUUCUCCGGGUCUCAAAUGGCCCUGUUCCGGCCUUCAUGUAAGAUUCUGCGCUGCCGCCUCCCAGAUUUUUUCCUCUUCUGUUUGGCCAUGAACCUCCAUCAAAUUCUCUCAUCACGGAAGGGAAACUGACACCGAUGCGAUGCGUUAGGCUUCACGACUCCUUGCACAGCGCUUCCUCUCUCGCGAUGCUUCUCGACGACCUCCCCUGCCCUGGAUUGGCUCACUCCCAAGUACGCCGAGGUGUCGAAGUCUCCGAAGGGUCGCCCGCAUGUCCCGACCGGUGGCUCCUCGCGCGGUACGACUGUUGUCUGGGGUGACUAUGGCUUGCGGAUGAAGGAUCACGACCGUCGGUUGCCCGCCCAUUCUCUCAAGAUCGCCGAAGAAACCAUCAAGAGACGCCUGAGGGGUAUGAACUAUACGCUAUACAAGCGAGUCAGCGCGAACAUCGGUGUCUACACCAAGGGUAACGAGCAGCGUAUGGGUAAGGGUAAAGGAAAGUUCGACUACUGGACGGCGAAGGUCGCUGUGAGCAGAAUCGUCUUCGAGCUGAAGGGCGACCUGCACGAGAAGGUUGCCAGAGAAGCUUUCCGUCUGGCCGGUCACAAGCUGCCUGGACUCUGGGAGUUUGUGAAGAAGGGCGAGCCCCCGGUGGUCGGACUGACGAAACUCGGCAACGGAGUGACCCUGGAGAGCCUUAAGCGUGCCCGCAGAAGCCCAGCCCUGGGGAUGGAGAAUCUCCCCACGCCCCCGCAGUCGACCUCCUCCAGCCCAUCCGCUUCUCAAUAAAUCAAUCAACCGCCCGUCUCGAAUUUCUUGGAGAAUCUGUUCAUUACCCAUGUUUUAUUUACACCUAUCUCGCGGCACCUAAGCCCCGACACCCGAGCCAGGCCCAUAUCCCUGUUCUCUCCUGAUCCUUGCCGCCAGCGCUGCAGCCUCCUCUGGGGUUUCGGGCUUUGAAU